AUGACCUGGGCGGCCGCCCCCGGCUCGGGCUGUGAGGGGCUCGGGGCCGGGAGGCCGCGCCGCGGCCGCCGGCCCAGCGUGAGCCUCUACCUGAGCGAGGACGAGGUGAGCCGGCUGAUCGGUCUUGAUGCAGAACUUUAUUAUGUGAGAAACGACCUCAUUAGUCACUGUGCUCUAUCUUUUAACCUGUUAGUACCCAGUGAGACAAAUUUCCUGCACUUCACUUGGCAUGCAAAGUCCAAGGUUGAAUAUAAGCUAGGAUUCCAAGUAGACCAUUUUGUGGCUAUGGACAUGCCGCAGGUCAACAUUUCUGUUCAGGGGGAGGUUCCACGCACUUUAUCAGUGUUUCCGGUCGAGCUUUCCUGUACUGGCAAAGUAGAUUCUGAAGUUAUGAUACUUAUGCAGCUCAAUUUGACAGUAAAUUCUUCAAAAAAUUUUACAGUCCUAAAUUUUAAGCGAAGGAAAAUGUGCUACAAAAAACUUGAAGAAGUAAAAACUUCAGCUUUGGACAAAAACACUAGCAGAACUAUUUAUGAUCCUGUACAUGCAGCUCCAACCACUUCUACGCGUGUGUUUUAUAUCAGUGUAGGGGUUUGUUGUGCAGUUAUAUUUCUUGUAGCAGUAAUAUUAGCUGUUUUGCACCUUCAUAGUAUGAAAAGGAUUGAACUGGAUGACAGCAUCAGUGCCAGCAGUAGUUCCCAAGGGCUGUCUCAGCCUUCCACCCAGACAACUCAGUAUCUGAGAGCUGACACACCCAACAAUGCAACUCCUACCUCCAGCUCCUCAGGUUACCCUACCUUGCGGAUAGAGAAGAACGACCUGAGAAGUGUCACUCUUUUGGAGGCCAAAGCCAAGGUGAAGGAUAUAGCAAUAUCCAGGGAGAGGAUAACUCUGAAAGAUGUGCUCCAAGAAGGUACUUUGGGGCGUAUUUUCCAUGGGAUUUUAGUAGAUGAAAAAGAUCCAAAUAAAGAAAAACAAGCAUUUGUAAAAACAGUUAAAGAUCAAGCUUCUGAAAUUCAGGUGACGAUGAUGCUCACUGAAAGUUGUAAGCUGCGAGGUCUUCAUCACAGAAAUCUUCUUCCUAUUACUCAUGUGUGUAUAGAAGAAGGAGAAAAGCCCAUGGUGAUAUUGCCUUACAUGAAUUGGGGGAAUCUUAAAUUGUUACGGCAGUACAAAUUAGUAGAGGCCAAUAAUCCACAGGCAAUUUCUCAGCAAGACCUGGUACACAUGGCUAUUCAGAUUGCCUGUGGAAUGAGCUACCUGGCCAGAAGGGAAGUCAUCCACAAAGACCUGGCUGCUAGGAACUGUGUCAUUGAUGACACACUUCAAGUUAAGAUCACAGAUAAUGCUCUCUCCAGAGACUUAUUUCCCAUGGACUAUCACUGUUUGGGGGAUAAUGAAAAUAGGCCCGUUCGGUGGAUGGCUCUUGAAAGUCUGGUUAAUAAUGAGUUCUCCAGCGCUAGUGAUGUGUGGGCCUUUGGAGUGACGCUGUGGGAGCUUAUGACUCUGGGCCAGACACCCUAUGUGGACAUUGACCCCUUUGAAAUGGCCGCGUACUUGAAAGACGGUUACCGAAUAGCCCAGCCAAUCAACUGUCCUGAUGGACUAUUUGCCAUGAUGGCCUGUUGCUGGGCCUUAGAUCCAGAGGAGAGGCCCAAGUUUCAGCAGUCGGUACAGUGUCUUACAGAGUUCCAUGCAGCCCUGGGAGCUUAUGUCUGACUCUUCUCUCACAGUCCUUAGCAUCAGGAGGAAGGUGCCUGUCGGGGCUCACCUGGAACCUGUCAUGGACACUUCAUAUACAUCACAAUGCCAACAGAAGCACAUUUGUCUUCCAGAACAUCGUGCCUUAGGACUGCUUUAGAAUCUGAACUUUUAAAGACAGACUUAAUAAUGUGGAAUAUUUUCUAGAUACCACUUUUAUUAGGUUGAACUGAAAGAGUUUUUGUAAAUUUUUUGGCCAAAAUUAUUUUAAAACAUAGUUACUUUGGACUAGGGGUGCAUUCUUACAAAAUAAAUAAACAGGUUUUUUUAAUUGUUUAGACACAGA